CAGGACCAACAACGGAAUUCUUUCAACAAACAGGUUUACAUGUUCAAGUUUGACUCAACCCAUGGAAGAUUCAAGGGAGAAGUGAACUCGGUGAAUGGCAAACUGGUUAUCAAUGGCAAGGAAAUCUCUGUUUAUGCACUUAGAAACCCAGCUGAAAUCCCAUGGGGUAGUGAUGGUGCAGAAUAUGUGGUAGAGUCAACUGGCGUUUUCACCACUACAGAAAAGGCGAGUGCGCACUUGACAGGGGGUGCCAAGAGGGUGAUUAUCUCUGCCCCUUCUGCUGAUGCCCCCAUGUUUGUGAUGGGAGUGAAUGAGGAUAAGUACAACAAGUCAAUGAAAGUUAUAAGCAAUGCAUCUUGUACAACCAACUGCCUGGCUCCCGUGGCUAAAGUCUUGAAUGACAAUUUUGGAAUCGAGGAAGGACUUAUGACUACAAUCCAUGCCGUUACUGCUACACAGAAGACUGUAGAUGGACCAAGUGGCAAGAAAUGGCGUGAUGGCCGUGGAGCUUACCAAAAUGUGAUACCAGCCUCUACCGGAGCAGCCAAGGCUGUUGGUAAAGUCAUCCCAGAACUGAAUGGCAAGUUGACUGGUAUGGCAUUUCGUGUGCCUGUACCUGAUGUGUCUGUUGUGGACCUUACAUGUCGAUUGAAGAAGGGAGUAAGUCAAUAAGUGGUUUUAAUUUUAGAUAACCUUUUCAAACCCCAACCCUCCCUGCUCUCCCACAUCUCAAUGCAUUCUCUACUCUCUCUAACUUAGAUUCUCCUCUCUUGCACUCUAUUUCUCUUGCUCACUUUUUACACCUCCUCCCCUUGCUGCUUACCUUGUUUACUCUCUUUAAAUUGUAGAUUGACAUUUAUAAAAACAAAUUAUUGUCAUUGGAUUCUUUCUAGUGCAGAUUAAGAAAUAAUUCUAGUGCUACAGUUUAUUGCUUACUUCUAGGUUACUCCUACCCAUGUAGAUAUUAUUAAUUGAUAUUGUCAAUACUGUUAUUAAAUUUGUUGGGUGGCGAUUUUAUACUUGUUAUGUGACAUAACAAGUAUAUUCAUUUCAUUUCAGAAGUAAUAAAUUAAGAUGGUCGCGUUGUUUCUUUCAUGGUUGUUUUCUAGUUAGCAAAAAGUAUGGUUCAAAAUUUGAAAACAACUGUUCCAAGACAAUGUUUUCUGUAAGCACCGGCAACCAGCAAU